UCCGCACGCACCGCUCCACUCUGCUCCGUACCGUUCCUUGCCGUUUUGCUCCGCUCCGCAGAGCGCAGUAGCGCACAGUGUGCGUUAUUCUGUGCGCGACGCGGUAAGCGGUUGUAUGCAGCGUGCUCGCUCAGCUGUUGUCUCGGCUGAAGUGAAGUGACAGUGCCGCAUCGGUGUGGUGCACGAUGUGGAAAUCAAUCUCGUGAAGGCGGCGGCAACGUUCGAGGUGGCCCGCGGUGAACGGCAGCGCGUUGCAACUGCUGCUGCUGCAAAUCCGUGUGAGUCGGGAAAGAUGAACGGGAGUCUGGGGAUAACGCGCGGUCCGGAGCAACAUCCACAGCGGUUCGCGGAUUACUUUGUCAUUUGCGGCCUCGACAAGGACUCGGGUCUUGAACCAGACAAGUACUUCGGUGACUCAUUGCAGUGCACACCCUUGGAUCGAGCAUAUAAAAGCAAAGUAUUAGGACAUUAUCCAGACUCGGUACCAUGGAAUCCCUUCGACGAACACGCUGUCUGCAUGCUUUGUCUGCCAAGCGGUUUACGAUUUCGUACACAAAAGCACUCGGUGGAGCCGACCUUCCACUCUUUCGUCCUGACGAAAGAAGAUGGUCACAGAACAUACGGAUUCAGCCUCGUUUUCUACGAGGAGUGUCGCAAUCGCAAAAUAUGCUCCGCUAUGCAAACGCUGCAGGCGAUGCACAUCACGGAGCUCAGCAGCGGUCAAAACGGCACGCCCCCCACUGCGAGGAAGGGUCAGGAUGGACAUAACACGAGAUCGCUGCCUCGUCAUUUUAAAUUGUCGGCUCAUUCACCUGGUGCUGCGUUAGGAUAUUAUGAUUCUACCAAAGACAAGUUGCUAGUGACUAAAUCAAUAUCCUUGCUAUGCCAACAACCUUACCUCCAUGCGACAAAGACGUUCCUCACUAAUCUCUAUAAAUGUGUUCCUAGACAUCCUGGACCUGGUCUUAGCUUAGAAUCUUACGUAUAUAACCUUCUAUAUAACGUACCAGUACCGUUAUCUGGCAAAUCGUUGAAGUUUUUUGUACCUAACGAUGAACCGGCAAAAUCGCCAUUAGAAUUGGUUAUCCAUCAGCCGUCUCCAUCGCUGGAGUUACCGAUGUUGGACUAUCCUCUCAAGGAUGUGUUCACGUGGUUGGGUGCAGAUUGCCUAAUCCAAUUGUUCACAUGCGUGCUGUUGGAGAAUCAAGUUCUGUUGAGAAGCGCUGAUUUUCACAAGCUGAUGGUGGUGUCUGAAUGCAUAACGGCGCUCUUGUUUCCUUUCUCGUGGCAACACGUUUACGUACCAAUAUUACCCGCCAGUCUGCAUCACUUCUUAGAUGCACCUGUGCCCUUCAUAAUGGGUUUACAUGCGCACAAUGAGGGUGGUGUAUUGAAAAUCGCUAGCGAAGCAAAUCUUUGUUAUGUAGAUAUAGAUAAGCAAAGUAGCCAAUUUCCGGAAGAAUUACCCGUGUUUCCUCAUAAGAUGCAAUUUAUUAAUGAGAUCAGAGCGCUUCUAAACAAGUACAAAAUACCACAUUCAGGAAAGACUGAUAAUAUGGUUAUUAACUAUUAUAAUGGUGAUAUCAUGACCAGUAGCCUGACACUUCCCGGUUCUGGUUUUCAUCUUCCUCGCAGAAAACAUUCUUUGCACGAUGUGUUAGAUUGGGAUCGGCCGGAACCAGGACCACAGUCAGACAAUCUGCAAAGAACAGUAGAUAUUGUUAAAAGACCAGUAAACAUGGAUGACAUUGAUCCUAUAGAGGAUACCACGGAAAAAAUACUCACGCCACAAGAAGAAUAUCAAGAGACUCUUAUCUUUAAUAAUGCUAUUAGGGAGAUUUUUUUGAACCGUUUUGUACAAAUGUUUUCUAGUUAUGAACAUUUUGUUAUUCAACCAAGUCAGAACAAGGAUGAAUGGAUAAAUAACAGGGAUAGUAUGCAUGUUUUUGACAAGGCCACGUUUUUAUCUGAUCAGCCGACACAGCAUCUGCCAUUUUUGUCGAGAUUCCUGGAAACACAGAUGUUCGCUUCUCUUGUUGACAGCAAAGUCAUGUCGACGUGGAGUGAACUCGACUGUAACAUUAAAGUUUUCGACCAAAGAAUCUCUGCUUUAAAGAAAAAAGUCGGAGAAAGUAUUAUACGAUCAAUGCGAUACGAGUCUUGCACAAGCAUCGCAGAUACGCAACAAAUACUCGAACAGAGAUUAAUUAAUAUAGAUUUUGAAACAAAUCCGCCUGCGGAGAUUCUUCCUCAUAGAGCCGCAUAUUUUCGGAGUUUUCCGUUGCUGGAUAACGUCGCGUUGAAUAAGGAACCUGCUCAAAG